GUACAUUACCUCUGUGUUGACAACAGUAAUGCUAACCACCGCGAAAGCAGGGCGAAAUGAUUUCGAACGAGCCUGUGUUUUUACAUCAAACGCUAACACUCCAGACUUUUGUGACAUGCCGUAUAGCUAGCUAAAUGACCAAAUAAGUUUCUAUAUCUUCUGUUACAUCUCAUUCCGGUUUGCAGAGUGAGGAGGAAAUGACCCAGCUGAGUGUCCGACGCUGGACGCCCAAACACGUCGCCAAGUGGCUGAAGGAGGAGGGUUUCUGUGACUAUGUGGACCUGCUGUGCAACAAACACCGGCUGGACGGGACCAGCCUGCUGGCCCUCAGCGAGUACGACCUGCGAUCUCCUCCUCUGGAGCUCAAAGUUCUGGGCGACAUCAAACGGCUGAUGGUAUCAAUCCGCAAACUUCAGAAGCAGAAUAUCGAUGUGCUGGAGGAGCUGGGUCUGCCCUUUGACGGUCACUCACCAACAGGAUCUGGAGGUAGUUUGGACUGGCUCUGUAAUGGAGACUCAGGAAGAGACUGUGACAGCACCGACACGGCGCCGGUGGGAGAGGAGUACCACCAGUACACCAAUGGGAAGUACAAGCAGCAAACCAGGCGCCUGGACCCGGAGUAUUGGAAGACGGUGCUGAGCUCCGUCUAUGUGGUGUUUGUGUUCGGGUUCACGUCCUUUGUGAUGGUGAUAGUACAUGAGAGGGUGCCUGAUAUGCGCACAUAUCCACCACUGCCAGAUAUUUUCUUAGACAGUGUGCCUAGAAUACCGUGGGCCUUUGCCAUGGCUGAAGCCUGUGGAGUGAUCCUUUGUAACAUCUGGCUGCUGGUUCUGCUUUUGCACAAACACAGGUCGAUUCUUUUGCGGCGCAUGUGCAGCCUGAUGGGGACGGUGUUUAUGCUGCGAUGCGUCACCAUGUUUGUCACAUCGCUGUCGGUGCCAGGACAACACCUGCAGUGCUCUGGAAAGAUGUACGGUGACAUGUGGGCCAAACUACAGCGCGCCGUGGCCAUAUGGAGCGGCUUCGGGAUGACCCUGACAGGCGUACACACGUGUGGUGAUUAUAUGUUCAGCGGACACACUGUGGUCCUGACCAUGCUCAACUUCUUUGUUACGGAGUACACUCCACGGAGCUGGAACUUCAUCCACACUCUGUCCUGGGUCCUCAACCUGUUCGGUAUCUUCUUCAUCUUGGCGGCACACGAACACUACUCCAUCGACGUCUUCAUCGCCUUCUACAUCACCACCAGACUCUUCCUGUACUACCACACCCUCGCCAACACCCGGGCCUACCAGCAGAGCCGGCGAGCUCGCAUCUGGUUCCCUAUGUUCUCCUUCUUCGAGUGCAACGUCAACGGGCCCGUCCCCAACGAGUACUGCUGGCCUUUCUCCAGACCCACCAUGAUGAGGAGGUUGAUCGGGUAAGAAACAGACACCGCGGCACCGAUACUAAAAGCUUCGCCGCUGCUGUUGGGUCUGUUUUAAGUCUAGUUGCCAACGGAGGCUUUGUGUGAUAUCCUGUUUGACUGGUGUGAUUCUGAAACACAGAGCCGUAGCCUCAUAUUCUGGGGCUUAGCUCCUCGCCUGCUUUCCUUGUCACCGUUUUUAGGUGGAUUAAACAAAAUCCAUAAAACCCCGCAAAGUUUCUUAUGAGCCUCAAGGCUUGAUUUGAAAGUCGAACAUACAGUUUGGCAUUUUAAUAGUAGCUCAUUUUCCCUCUAAAGCUGGACACACACCGAGAGAUUAAGACUGGACACAUCACACACACUUAAAGAUUAAGAAUGGACACAACACACACACAUAAUAACUAAGACUGGGCACAACACACACACAUUAAUGACUGAGACUGGGCACAACACACACAUAAAACGACAAAAACUAGACACAACACACACAUAAAAUGACAAA